AAGCACAACACGGCACGUAACAGGCAGCCACGCACAACAUUUAAACUCCUGAACGAUUGACUGAGAAAGGACACAGAUCUUUUCUCUCUCCAGAGGUGAGCCAUGUCCCUCUCAAGCUGCCAGAUGCCUCGUCCGCGCCAAAUUGGGUUCGGCUGCUUACUGUUGGUGUGUUUCCUGGUAAUUUCUUUGACAUACUACAAGUCAGAAAUUGAUAUCACUGAUUUUAGUGAUUAUCUGAAGAGAGGCAAUAAUUCUUGUGUGUGCCCUGUGGAAGCACAGACCCAGGGCUCAAACCCAAAGCGUUCCCCGGAGCAGCACGUUGAAGCACCUACCGAUGGUCCCAAGCGGAUCCAGGACGUGCAGGUGGACGCUGAGCCUGAUACUCUUCUCUUGAUUUGGAUGUGGCCAUUUGGCUACAAAUUCGCACUCACCUGCGAUAUGUUCAAAUAUAAAGGAUGCCGCUUGACCGAUGACAAGUCUCUUUACCACGAAGCCCACGGGGUUUUCAUCCACCACAGGGACAUUCAUGGAAAUCUGGAAAACUUGCCGAGUGAGCCACGUCCCUGGUUUCAGAAAUGGGUUUGGAUAAACAUGGAGUCACCUUCAAACUGUGCAAAAUUACCCGGACUUGAUAACUUGUUCAACUUGACAUCCUGUUAUCGCUCAGAUUCAGAUAUCCCAGUGCCUUAUGGGAUUUUGGUGCCACAAACCUCUGAUGUGGAGAGUUUCCAGCUGCCAACCAAGGACAAGUUGGUCUGUUGGAUUGUGAGCCACUGGCAAAAGGGGCUAGAAAGAAUUCAGUACUACAACAAACUGAAAGAACACAUCCAGAUAGAAACCUAUGGGAAGGCUUUUGGCAAAACUGUAGAUGUUCAAAACUAUGACAGCAUUCUAUCUAGUUGUAAAUUCUACCUCUCCUUUGAAAACUCUCAGCACAAAGAUUAUAUCUCAGAGAAGGUAUACAAACCUAUGAAACUUGGAACUGUACCCGUAGUUCUUGGCACUUCAAGAGAAAACUACGAGGAUCAUAUCCCAGGUGACUCCUUCAUUCAUGUCGAUGACUUUUCCUCUCCAAAGGAGCUGGCAGAGAGGCUCCUUCACCUAGGCCAGAAUACGACCGAAUACAUGAGAUACUUUGACUGGAAAAAGAGGUAUAGAAUUUAUAAGUCACAGUUCGGCAGAGACCAUGCCUGCAAAGCUUGUCGUUACUUACAAAAAAACAGAGGAUACCAUGCUAGUCAUUCUCUUACCAAGUGGUUCUGGGAUCAAUAGCACUGAAUAUAAGAGCAUUGAUCAAAUUAUCUUUUAGUUUGGUUCACUGAUGAGAAUGGGCUCAAGGGAACUUCUCUGGUGAAGGAAUGAUAAUAUUAACUGGAUUCUAACCAGGACCCAGGAUUUCUUAUGAGGGUUUUCACCCCUGUCAGUUUGUCUCGUAGAAGGGUGAGGUCUGGGCCAUGGAAGAACUCAUUCACUUCUGGGGCGAUUUUUAAUUAAGGGGGCGGAUCAAGUAAAAAAAAUGUUCACCUUCUCUCACAUUGCAAGACAGGGUGUCUUUACAAAUCUUUUGUGUAUAUCUUAAGAAAUUGUGAAUCUUUAAGAAAUGUGAGCCGGGAACAAUUGGAUGCAGAUAUGGAUGUACACUAUCUAAGUUUGAACCAAUGUCAAACAGCUCCAUGUUGUUGUGGUGGAAUCUGAAUUAAGAUAGCCUGUGAAAUACAAACUGAUAAAUAUA